GUUGAGAUUGAGGACUUCGAAUUUGACGAGGAAGAAGGUCAAAAACAGUUAUAAAAGGUUAGGUUAGAUCAGGAAAGUUCAGUAAUUUUGCCAUUUGACCACUAGAAACUGAAAUUUUACCAUUUGAAAGUAAUGAGCGUUUUUCACGACGAAGUUGAGAUUGAGGACUUCGAAUUUGACGAGGAAGAAGGAGUUUAUCACUACCCAUGUCCUUGUGGAGACAGAUUUGAAAUCACGAAGGACGAAUUACUGGCUGGAGAAGAAACCGCUACUUGUCCUAGUUGUUCCCUGAUCGUCAAAGUCAUAUAUGACCUAGAAUCAUUCAAGAAGGGACAGGGAGAAAUAGAAAUCCUUACUAAGGAGGUGAAAAAACUGGAAGUAGCCAAAUAACAGUUCAAAAAUGAGCAGUAGAGGCAGAGGUGGUAGAGGUGGAGGGACAGUAAACAAGUCAUUCAAUAGGGAGCAACUGAAUUCAUUGGGAAUCUCUGCCAAUGAGGUGCUUCCAGGACCUGUCACACAGCCACCUCCUUUGUAUCCACAGUUGGAAAGGAGACCAGUACCAUUAACAAACUCUCUGGAAAUGGAUUAUCUUUUGAUUCUACGCCAAGAUUUCAUAGACCACAUGCAAUUGUCAGGGACCUAUCUGAAAAUGCCCCAAAACAAAAGCCAUCCAGAACAGGAAAUUGAUAAGUUGCUGGCACAGCUACCAAGUGCUAAGGAAAAAUUUGAUUGGUCCUUGUUCCCCUCAGAAUUACGACCAAAAGUAAUGGCAAAGAGAAUUAAGAAAAAACCUGUGAAAGAAGUCAAUAUUGAGCAGAGGUUGAGUUUUCUGGAAAAACUAGAAAAUAAGUCAGACAAUAACAACAUCACUGUGAAAGUGGAAAAUGAUGAUGAAGAUGAGCCUGCAGAAGACUUGGAAUCUCUGGAAGAUAAGGAUGAAGAAAUGGAUGAUGGCACUGAUUAUGCUAAUAAUUAUUUUGAUAAUGGGGAGAACUAUGAGGAUGAAGAUGACAAUUUGGAUGAUGGGCCUAGCUACUGAGACAUUAUCUUGUAAAAAAUUUUGUUAAAACCAGCAACAAUUGUUGCCAGUCACAUUACACAUUAAUGUGUAUGAUUUUUCAGUUUUUCUCAUAAUUGACCUCUUGAAAGGGGUUGGGGUGAUAUUUUCCAAAAAAUUAUAUUUACACAAAAUAAUAUAUACCUACUCUAUCAAUUUUAUAACCUACUAGAAUUUUCUAUUCAUAUAAACAGCAGGUAAUUUAUUGUCAUCAGAAAGGAUGAAAUAACACAAAGCAGUAAUGAUUUUUAACUGGCUUUUAUUAUUAGCUUCACCUGUAUGUACAUGUAUCAUAUUUACAGGGUUGAAAUUUGGUCCACCGCAUCCCUCGAUCUAUACUUUCCUAUUCCUAGGGCGAUUUGGAAAUAUUUUUUUCUCAUAGUAUAUUAGGUACUCAAAAUUAUCUACUUUGUCCACUAAGAAAAAAAUAUCAAUCACAAUUUCUCAGCCACUGUGAUCACAAGAACUCAUGCAAUUUUGAAGAAAUCACUGCCAAUAAGAUUCUCAUUGAAUUCAAUCUAGCAACAGGAGCAUAAUCAUUGUAGUCAAAACCUGUCCUCUGCAGACAUCCUUUGAUUACUAAUCUUGCCUUCUACUUUUCUAUAUUGCCACUUUCAUCUGUUUUCAUUUUGCAAACCCAUUUAUUUUGUAUAGCCCUUUUUUUCCCCUUAUUAGUAGUUCAACCAAAUCCCAUAUUUUAUUUUCCAUCAAUGCUUUCAUUUCAUCUUUUGUUGCUUCAUACCAUUUUUCUUUAUCUUCUCUCUUCUUGUUAUCCUCCUAUCAUUCUGGUACAUUUUUGACAAAAGCUUCUGCUUUGCUUUAUUCAUAAUCCUCUAACUUCUCCUCAAUUUCUCUCCAUGAUUUUCCUUCUUUUCCUCUUUUAGUUUUCGAUAUCCUUCCUCAUCAGUAUUAUAUUCUUUUCCAAACACGCCUGGUUCUCCGAUUUCUAAUCUUUCUUCAUGUUCUCCUUCAAUAACUAGUUCAUUUUUAGGCAUUUGAUCUUUAGUACCUUCCUCAAUAUACGCAGGCCUAUGGUGUCUCAAAAAAUCUUACAGUAGUUUUUCAAGCCCCACAAUUGAAAAAAAAAGUUCACCGAAAUCGGUGAAUCAAUAAAAAUUUUAUUGAGGUGUGCUGCUCUCAAGUGCAUAUCUUAGACAAUAUCAUUUCAUUUUACGUCCUUUGAUCCACAAUGCCCUCUAGGUUUUUUCUACCCAGUCCGCCCCUAGUAAAAAUCAAAAGGAUUCGAGGAAGAUAUUAAAUUUAUGAGGAAGAGGAAAAUAUAAAAAUGGUAAUGGGAUAGUGAACUUCGUAAUUCGAGAAAUAUGUAUGUGUACACGUUUAUUCUCUGAAGGUGGAAUAAUAAAUAUUCAAAAUAUACAUA